AUGGGGCUGAGGGGUAGGAGGGGAGGCUUCCUGGAGCGGGUGACAAACGGGUGUGUGUGUCGGGGUGGGGGGGGGGGGGAGGACCCGGGCGCUCGCUCUUUAAAAGGCUGGCGGAAGUGUGGCGCGCUCUACCCGCACUCGCGGCGCAAACUUGCGGGCUGGGCUCGCGCGUGCGGUGCGGCAGGGCGGUGGGCGCCGGGAGCGGUGCGGCCCCCUCGGCCCUCGGCCCGCGCUCCCGGCGCUCGCGCCCCUCCCGCGCCGCCCGGCUCCCCGUGCCUGGCUCGCACACUCUCAUUUUCUCCCCGCCGCUGCCGCCGCUGCUGCCGUCAGGUGCCUGCACCCCGGCCGGCUGCGCUCGCUCGCUCCGCAGCCCCGAGCCUCGGCGCACGCAGCGCCCCGCACCGCCUCGCCCGCGUUCUCGGGCUCGGCGGCGGCGGCGGCAGUGGCGGCAGCAGCAGCGGCACGGUGGCGGCCGCUCCCAGCUCCAGCUUCCCGGGAGCUGCCGCCGAACGCCGCGCGCUGCUCCGGGGCUCCGGCCAAAGCGGCCGCCAGCUCCUCCCCGCCGCGCCCGGGACUGCCGGCGGCUCCGCGCCCGCCGUGGUCCGCAGCGUCAGCGCCGCCCGCCCUAGCCCGGGCUCCCGGCACCGAGAGCAGCUAGCGGCUGGCCUCCGCCUCCCUGCGCUUCCCGGGCGCAGCCGACCCCCGGCCGCCGCGUUCACCUCGCCGAUGAGCGGUUGGCGGCACUGGUCGGAGCUGUUUUCUCCUUGAUGCUAAGAUCCUGCCAGGAUAGGAGCUCACUUCCCUUUCCACAGCCAGACGCGGCAAUCUGGCUUGCAGGACAUGGGGACAAGGAUCUGAGAUCUCCUGUAGCU